GCCGCGCGGAGCGGAGCGGGGCGGGCGGCCCCGGCGCUAGUGCUUGCCCGGGGCGGUGGAGCGCCGGGCCGUAAGCCGGGCAGGGCAGGUGGGUCGGUUCAGCCCCAUGGAGCGGGGGAAGAUGGCGGAGCUGGAGAGCCUGGAGACGGCGGCGGAGCACGAGCGGAUCCUGCGGGAGAUCGAGAGCACGGACACGGCCUGCAUCGGCCCCACGCUCAGGUCUGUGUAUGAUGGAGAAGAGCAUGGUCGCUUCAUGGAGAAACUGGAGGCACGAAUCAGAAACCACGACCGUGAGAUUGAGAAGAUGUGCAAUUUCCAUUACCAGGGCUUUGUGGAUUCCAUCACAGAGCUGCUGAAAGUUAGAGGAGAAGCUCAAAAACUGAAGAAUCAAGUGACAGACACCAACCGGAAGCUGCAGAAUGAAGGAAGAGAACUGAUAAUAGCAAUGGAAGAGCUGAAGCAAUGUCGAUUACAACAGAGGAACAUUUCGGCGACGGUUGAUAAGCUCACGCUGUGUCUGCCCGUGCUGGAGAUGUACAGCAAACUGCGAGAACAAAUGAAAUCUAAAAGACACUAUCCUGCCCUGAAGACCCUGGAACACCUUGAGCACACCUACCUGCCCCAAGUGAGCCACUACCGCUUCUGCAAGAUCAUGGUGGAUAAUAUCCCAAAGCUGCGUGAGGAGAUCAAAGAAGUUUCCAUGUCAGACCUCAAGGAUUUCCUGGAGAGCAUCCGCAAGCACUCCGACAAGAUUGGAGAGACGGCCAUGAAGCAGGCACAGCAGCAGAGAAACCUGGACAGUAUUGUGUCACAGCAUCCCAGGAUAAGUGGGGGGAAGAAGUCCAAGAAAGAAGUCUGCGCAAGCUCAGAUCUGGAGGUAAAAAACACUAGCCCCAUGUCUGAGCAAGAUUCGGGUAUCCUGGAUGUUGAAGAUGAGGAUGAGGAUGAAGAGGUGCCUGGGGCCCAGGACCUGGUGGAUUUCUCACCUGUGUACCGUUGCCUGCACAUAUACUCUGUCCUGGGUGCUCGAGAAACCUUUGAGAACUACUAUAGGAAGCAGAGGAGAAAACAAGCCAGAUUGGUCCUGCAGCCUCCUUCAAACAUGCACGAAACUUUAGAUGGCUACAGGAAGUAUUUUAAUCAAAUUGUAGGGUUUUUUGUAGUCGAAGAUCACAUCUUGCAUACAACACAGGGCUUGGUAAAUAGAGCCUAUAUUGAUGAGCUGUGGGAGAUGGCGUUAUCAAAAACGAUUGCAGCACUAAGAACACAUUCAUCCUACUGCUCAGACCCCAGCCUGGUGUUGGACCUGAAAAACCUCAUUGUCCUCUUUGCAGACACACUCCAGGGAUAUGGCUUCCCAGUCAACCAGCUCUUUGACAUGCUGUUGGAGAUCCAGGACCAGUACAGUGAAACCCUGCUGAAGAAAUGGUCAGGAGUUUUCAGGAAUAUACUGGAUUCAGACAACUACAGUCCCAUUCCAGUGACAAAUGAGGAAGUUUAUAAGAAAAUAGUUGGACAGUUCCCAUUCCACGAUGCAGAACUCGAGAAGCAACCCUUCCCAAAGAAGUUCCCCUUUUCUGAGUUUGUGCCUAAAGUUUACAACCAGAUCAAGGAAUUCAUCUACGCCUGUCUGAAGUUUUCAGAAGACCUUCAUCUCAGCUCCACUGAAGUGGAUGAUAUGAUCAGAAAAUCUACGAACCUGCUGCUGACCCGAACGCUGAGCAACUGUUUACAGAAUGUCAUCAAGAGGAAAAAUGUUGGGCUGACUGAGCUUGUACAGAUUAUUAUAAACACAACCCAUUUGGAGAAAUCCUGCAAGUUCCUGGAGGAAUUCAUAACCAAUAUCACUAAUGUACUUCCAGAAACUGUCCACACUACAAAACUCUACGGGACCACAACCUUCAAGGACGCCCGCCACGCUGCCGAGGAGGAGAUUUACACUAACCUGAACCAGAAGAUAGACCAGUUCUUGCAGCUGGCAGACUACGACUGGAUGGCCAUGGAGCCCAGCAGCAAAGCCAGCGACUACCUUGUAGAUCUCAUUGGCUUCCUCCGCAGCACCUUCGCCGUGUUCACACACCUCCCGGGGAAGGUGGCACAGACAGCUUGCAUGUCAGCCUGCAAACACCUCUCCACCUCACUGAUGCAGCUGCUGCUGGAAGCUGAAGUGCGGCAGCUGACUCUGGGCGCUUUGCAGCAGUUCAACCUGGAUGUGGAGGAGUGUGAACAGUUUGCCAGAUCCGGCCCAGUGCCUGGGUUCCAAGGGGACACGCUGCAGUUGGCCUUCAUCGACUUGAGACAACUCUUAGAUCUGUUCAUCCAGUGGGACUGGUCAACGUACUUGGCUGACUACGGGCAACCCACGUGCAAGUACCUUCGUGUGAACCCGACCACAGCCCUCGUCCUCCUGGAAAAGAUGAGGGACACGAGCAGGAAAAACAACGUUUUUGCCCAGUUUCGGAAAAACGAGAGGGACAAGCAGAAGCUGAUCGACACCGUGGCCAAGCAGCUCCGCAGCCUGAUCAACAGCCAUCACUCGUGAGGGGACCCUGCCGCCCACGCCGCUCCCUGCACCGUAACCUUCCACAUGCCUGGACUUGGGAUUCUUGUUCAAAGAGAAUAUAUAUAUGUAUUUUUUUAUUCACCUGUAUAGUAUUCAUGAAACCCACCCCCAUGACAAAGCGUUCCUCGUUAAGCAAGCCCCGGGAAGAGAGGCAGCGCGUCUUGUGAAGGUGCUGUCGGGAGCGUCCUCUUAUAAACUCCUAUUUUCAGGGGUUUAUAAAGUGAUGGUGAAUCCUGAAGCCUGAGAGAGAAGUUCACACCCAGGCUAUUUGCUUUUUUUUCCCUGUUUUUUUUCUUGAUAAGCCAAAUGGAAAGGAUCAGUCUGACUUCCUUUUAACUUACCCAGUUGCAGAACAAAUGGCAGCAAACCGUAUAGGGAGGAGUCGUGCUUUUCGGUUUCGUCCCUGGUAAGAGGAGCAAACAUUUGGAAAGAGGGUCACUCAUUAGCUUGUCUUAGCAGCUUUGUUUACUAGAUUUAGGUAGGAAAAGAGGCAAACUGGCUUCCCAGCUUUUCUCCUCUCUUUCCUAGAAGGGAUGGUUUCCACCUGAGGCUGCGGCUCGCUGGUGCUGCAUCUCUUUCCUGCACGUCUGUCAUCAGUGUGGUCGUCCCUGAGCUCCACCUCUGGGACCUGCCUGUGUCUUUUGGAGCUGCACUGAAUGUAGAAGGGCUUUGAGAGCUGCCUCAUUAAUUAGAUUUGGAAAGGGAGAGAUGGAAGGUAAUGUGGUAGGAGUGUGUGGCAGCGCUGGUCUGAUGCUGGGAUGCUGCUGCUCACAUCCAGCACAGUCAUGUAGCAGGAGAGGAGGGGUGCUCAGUGGGGAUGGUGUCCAAGUCUUUUUCCUCUCUUUUCACCUCUUUUGCAUGCUGAUAGCCCACCUUCUCUCUCCUCCUGACACUGUGCAAUAGGGUAAAUUCCCUCUGCCUCCUGCAAGCGCUCUGGCUUGUGCCGUGCAAGGAGCAGCCCCACUGGUCAGGAGGAUGAGACAGAACUUCCUGGAGGUUCUUUCCUCACAGAGCAGCAUCUCUCAGCUCUCCCCAGCUCAGAAGUGCCUACAGACAAAAUUCCCCAGUGCCCUCGAGGUGCCCAGACAGCCCUGGCUCAAAUCAAGAGAGCCUUUGAGGAGGUUUAUAAUGCUACCAACAGGACUUUAAUCCCAGGGUUCAGGUUACAGAGAAAGGGGACUUUUGCCCUUAUCUUCUCAUUACCCUUUUGACUCUUAUUACCGCAGGUGAAAGCUUAUCCAGCCAGUUUCCCCACCUCCCAAACCCUAAUGUUAAAGGGAACUAAAAUCUUUCUGGUGGCUGCUACAGCCCUGGCAGUGCUGCUUCAGCAGGGACACGAGCCCUGCCUGUUUCCUGCCCUUGUUUGAAGGCGGUGGGUGCUCAGCCCUCCAGCUGCUGCUGGAAGCAGAAGGCUGCUUGGCUGACCCAUGGAGUAAGUCUCUUUCUCCAUCCCCUCCCUCUGCACAGACUCCCAGAGCUCUGGAGGGGCAGGACUUGUCUGAACAUCACCACACAGCACUUGCAGAAGGCCAGCAGCAUUUUCUGGCCACGUGCAGUCCCUCUGCUCUCUCACCACUUGCACUUUUUUUUCUCUGUGUUUCUUGCUUGGGGAGCUGUUCUGACACUCCAGCUCUGGAUACACAAAGGGGAUGGUGCUUUAUCUUCCCUCCUUAUUCCUCAGCAAUACUUUUUGUUUUCUUUUUUGAUAAGGGUACCCUGAAGGUAAAUAGGUAAAUAGGUUGUCAGCAAUGACCUGACCAGUGGAUUAUUGUCAUUAAUAAGAGGGAAGAACCAAACCUGG